GCGGCAAGGAUGGAAGACCUAUAUCGGUACUAUUUGAAUAGUAGAGGCGUAGAUUCCUUCGAAAGAUUGACGAAGCUAGUUGUUUCGGACCACCUUAAGACUAAGCUAGAUGCCGACACUAGGUGUUACGUUUUGUUGCAAGAGGGUAAGGGUUGGUUCCUGCCGGAAGAGAUAGCCAGAAACGCUGAAAAGCAUGCGGAAGCAGUUGGAAAUGGGGAGUUCAGGUGUAAAUCCGAAAAAGAUAAAGGAACAGCCUUUGGAACUGGGGGUGUGAGCGUGAACAAUAGAGAGCCAGAGCGGAGGGAAUCAAAAAUGAAAUGUUAUAUUUGUGAUCAGACGGGACAUUUCAAACGUGAUUGCCCUCGGAGACGUGUUAAGGAUGAAAUGCUGAGGUCUAGAGCAGCGCGAGUGGUAACGACGUUAGACGAAACGGUAAAGUCUGAUGAGAAGUUAGUAGCUAGGGUAAGAAUCGGAAAGGAUACGAUUAGUGGAAACUUACCCGCUAGCGUAAACGAAAACCUCCUGCUUACUUAUCAAGGUCGAAAAUUUUCUGCAAUAGUAGACACUGGGGUUGAAAUAACGGUGAUGAGAAAGGCUUUGAUACCCGAUUACAUAUCCCGUACAGAGGGUAAGACGAAGUUAAUCGGCGCGUUCGGACAGCAGGUAUCCGCAACGUUAGUAACCAUACCUGUAAGCUUAAAAGGGUGGUUGGGCAGAAAGAAAAAUUAUUAUGAUCCAGUAGUAAUUACCUGCGCUUUGACCGAUGAGCUUAGCUGCGCUGCGGAUGCGUUACUUUCGGCAGCCGAUUAUUGCGCAUUAAAGGGAGCCAAGCGGACGGGAAGAAAAAAAAAACGGAAAAAAACGUAG